GUAGACCGGCUGUUCAUGGCACUUGCAGUCAUAAUGUAGUUGUAAUAGUUGACUUUAAUUGUCAUUGUUUUGUGUUGUUUCUGUAACUUGUGUCAGAUAUUCGUGUGUGAGACCAAAUCAUUCAUUGCAACUUAAUUGAUUAAAUCGAAGUGAAUAUAAGAGAAAACAUUACAGUUAUGUUAAAAACUGGUUGGAAAUAUAUAUUUGUGUGUUUCAUUAUGAGAGGAAAAGUUUCCUGUGUACAAACAAACUGAUUGAGAGGAAAGAUUGGCGAAUUGGAUCAUUGAGAAUUGCGUUUUCUUGGGUGAAGUUAAGUCACCUGUCUAUUCACUCAUUUCUCCCUAUAUCAACUUAUCCAAAUAUAUUACUGUUAGCUGCAAUCGGCAGAAAAACCGUUACAAGUUGGCAGGAUGACGGAGACACUAAUAUGGAGUGUGUGCUUAUUGCUAGCCACCCUAGUUCCAACAACAAUCCAACACAAAAUGAAACGAGAACUGGGCAAAGGCGACUCGACUGAGUGGCAACAGCUGUGGUACUCCAACUUCGAAGAGUACCAGCGAUUGACUGAGCCAAGCUUCGAUAAUAACACAGUCAGCAAUGUCACCGUCCAGCUUGGCGGAACGGCAUUCCUGCAUUGCAGAGUUCGCAACCUCGGCGAAAGAACUAUUUCAUGGGUGAGAAGAAGAGAUUGGCAUAUUCUCACAUCGGGUGUGUUCACCUACACAAACGAUGAGAGGUUCCAGGUGCUCCAUGCAGAGGGCACUGAUGACUGGACUCUGCAGAUCAAGUACCUGCAGAAACGCGACAAUGGCACCUAUGAGUGUCAGGUAUCAACAGGAACUGGAAUAAUGUCUCACUUCGUGAACCUGCAUAUUGUCGUGCCAGAGGCGUACAUUGUGGGAAGUGGAGAGCAUCACAUAGAUCUUGGAAGCGUCAUAAGUCUCGUCUGCAUGAUCGACAAGAGCCCUCAGCCGCCGCAGUAUGUUUUCUGGUUCCACAACAACCGCAUGAUCAACUACGACACGGCGCGCGGAGGCAUUUCAGUGGAGACCGAAUCCGGACCGAAAACGCAGUCGAAGCUGACCAUCCGCGAUGCACACGACGUCGACUCUGGCAACUACACUUGCAGUGCCUCCAACACUGAGCCUGCCUCUGUAUUCGUGUUCGUCUCUGAAGGUGAUAAGAUGGCAGCCAUAUCAAGAAGAAAGUCGUCUUCAGGAAGUGACGUCAUCGCGAACUUCAUGUGGUUCAUCGUCAUGCCACUAGUAGCGCUGGCUGCAAGAUAAGAGAUGUGAAAUAUAUAAAAAGUGCAAUUGAAUUAUUCGUGAAUGAAUGGUGAGACGCUUCCGUAACUGAAACGCGCGAGUUUUGAUGAUCCAAUUUGUGUACUUGACUGAGUGAAUACCGCUGAUCCCUGGUGGUGACAAUAUUGUAAAUGAACGUAUAAUUAUGAUAGUAGUGAAAUUGCUGAAAUAUGUACAUACAAUUCAACUAAUAUCUUCUUUCGACUUGAAAUAAUUGUUUAAAAAUCAACGUUAUCACGUUAAUUCAUUAGAAUUAUGUGGAUAGGAAUCACGUAAAAAUAUAAAAUAAAAGAUUAUCAAUGUAUAAAAUGACUUCAACCGACCAUUAAAACCUAGAUUUUUCCCCUUUGUAAACAACCACUUUCAAAGUAUGGUACAGUACAUCAAUUUAACACUUGAUCCCACUUGUAUACUUAUAUUAUUUGUUAUAAUAGAAUUAUAAUAAAAAACAAAUUAUUAUAAUAUAAUAACAAUGUUUCCAAUCAAAUAUGAGUUUUGACUUUUACUGUAUUCGUGUAUUGUAUGUGGGUAGACCUUCAUCAUCACUGUUUCUACUACACA